AUAUUAGCAUGGGUCUGUACAAUACUGAAGUGUGUUGUAGUUGUAUACUAUGUCAUGUCCUGUAGAGUUGUUAACUCUAACCAUCCUUGUGUGGUGGUUCCUGUUCGCCAUGUCUCCAGAGAACCACUACUUCCUGCCCGGAGCUCUGGAUCCCCUGCUCUGUGGGAACAGCAGUGAUGCGGGGAUGUGUCCUGAAGGGUACAUGUGUCUGAAAGCAGGGAAUAACCCAAACUAUGGCUACACCAGCUACGACAGCUUCGGAUGGGCCUUCCUGGCUCUAUUCAGACUUAUGACUCAGGACUUCUGGGAGAACCUCUUCAUGCUGACUCUGCGAGCGGCAGGGAAAACCUACAUGAUCUUCUUCGUGGUGAUCAUCUUCCUGGGCUCCUUCUACCUGAUCAACCUGAUCCUGGCCGUGGUUGCCAUGGCGUAUGCAGAGCAGAACGAGGCCACCCUGGCCGAGGCCAAGGAGAAGGAGGAGGAGUACGCUCGCAUCAUGGAGCAGAUCCGGAUCAGGAAGGAGACAGAGCAAUUGGCGGAAGCUCAGGAAAGUCUGGACAGUGGAGAUAAACAUGUCCAUAAACAUGAUACCAUGGAUGACUUUGAGCAGGAGCAGCGAGCAUGCCCUCCAUGCUGGUACGCGUUUGCAAACAUCUUCCUAAAGUGGGACUGCUGUCCUGCCUGGGUCACCCUGAAGCGCUACAUGUUGCUUCUGGUCAUGGACCCGUUUGUGGACCUGGGCAUCACCAUCUGUAUCGUCCUCAACACCAUGUUCAUGGCUAUGGAGCACUACCCCAUGACCCCGGAGUUUGACGAGAUGCUGUCCAUUGGAAACCUGGUGUUUACAGGUAUCUUCACAGCAGAGAUGGUUCUGAAGCUCUUGGCUAUGGAUCCCUACUACUACUUCCAGGUGGGCUGGAACAUCUUCGAUAGCAUCAUCGUCACCAUGAGCCUCGUAGAGCUGGGAUUGGCUGACGUGGAAGGACUGUCUGUCCUACGCUCCUUUCGAUUGAUGAGAGUGUUCAAGCUGGCCAAGUCGUGGCCCACCCUCAGCAUGCUCAUCAAGAUCAUCGGGAACUCGGUGGGCGCCCUGGGCAACCUGACCCUGGUCCUGGCCAUCAUCGUCUUCAUCUUUGCCGUGGUCGGCAUGCAGCUGUUUGGCAAGAACUACAAGGACUGUGUGUGUAAGAUCUCGCUGGACUGCGAGCUGCCUCGCUGGCACAUGCACGACUUCUUCCACGCCUUCCUGAUCAUCUUCAGGGUGCUGUGCGGGGAGUGGAUCGAGACCAUGUGGGAGUGUAUGGAGGUGGCCGGCCAGGGCAUGUGUAUCAUCGUGUUCAUGAUGGUCAUGGUCAUCGGGAACCUGGUGGUGUUAAACCUCUUCCUAGCUCUGCUUCUCAGCUCCUUCAGUGGCUUGGCCUCGUCAGAUGAAGACGGGGAGAUGAACAACCUCCAGAUUGCCGUUGCCAGGAUCACCAACGGUAUCGAUUGGUUGAAAGCCUUCGUCUUCCGCCAGCUUGGUGCCCUGCUGGGGAGGAAGGGGCGCUCGCAUGGCGAGGGCGGCGAGGGGGAGGAGGGGGAAGAAGACGGGGAGGUGAAGAAGGACCAGAUGGCGCUGACCCUGGUGACCUCGGAUGACUCGGGGAAAUUAACUGUGAAAGUGCCGAUCGCCACCGGGGAGUCAGACGUCGACAACCUGGAUGACGAUGAUGAAAGCUCAGAGGGAGACGAGGAAGGCACGAUGCAGGAUAUCAAAUUGAAGGAGUUGGGAGGAGAUGACUCAUCAGCCUGCAGCACAGUGGACAACCCUCCUGAGGUGGAGGAGGAGGAGCUGGAGGAGGAGCCAGACGCCAGCCUGCCAGUGGACUGCUACAGCGAGAGUUGCAUACGGCGGUGUCCAUGUUUGGACCAGGACAUCACUACAAGCUUUGGAAAGCGCUGGUGGAACUUCAGGAAAACCUGUUUUACCAUUGUGGAGCAUAACUACUUUGAGACCUUCAUCAUCUUCAUGAUCCUUCUCAGCAGUGGAGCCCUGGCAUUUGAGGACAUCUACAUUGAGCAGCGUCGUGUCAUUAAGACCAUCCUGGAGUAUGCUGACCAGAUCUUCACCUAUGUCUUCAUCAUUGAGAUGAUCCUGAAGUGGGUGGCCUACGGCUUCCAGACCUACUUCACCAACGCCUGGUGCUGGCUCGACUUCCUCAUUGUGGACGUGUCUCUGAUCAGCCUGACGGCUAACCUGCUGGGAUACUCUGAGCUGGGGCCCAUCAAGUCCCUGAGGACUCUCAGGGCCCUACGGCCCCUCAGGGCCCUCUCCCGCUUCGAGGGAAUGAGGGUGGUAGUUAACGCGCUGGUGGGGGCCAUCCCCUCCAUCUUCAACGUGAUGCUGGUGUGUCUGAUCUUCUGGCUCAUCUUCAGCAUCAUGGGGGUCAACUUGUUUGCAGGGAAGUACUACUACUGCUUCAACACCACCUCUGAGGAGGUGUUCAGCGCGGACGUGGUCAAUAACAAAUCUGACUGUCUGUCUCUGCUGGCAGACAAUCACACAGACGUCAGGUGGAUGAACCUUAAGGUCAACUUUGACAGUGUGGGAAUGGGGUACCUGUCACUGUUUCAGGUGGCCACAUUCAAAGGCUGGAUGGACAUCAUGUACGGAGCGGUAGACUCCCGCAAUGUGGAAGACCAGCCGGUGUACGAGGCCAACCUUUACAUGUACGUCUACUUUGUGAUCUUCAUAAUCUUCGGCUCCUUCUUCACCCUCAACCUCUUCAUCGGCGUCAUCAUCGACAACUUCAACCAGCAGAAAGCUAAGUUUGGAGGGAAAGAUAUCUUCAUGACUGAGGAGCAGAAGAAGUACUACAACGCCAUGAAGAAGCUGGGAUCCAAGAAGCCCCAGAAGCCCAUUCCCCGACCCCUGAACUGUUUCCAAGGCCUGGUGUUUGACCUGGUGAACAAGCAGUUCUUCGACAUCUUCAUCAUGGUUCUGAUCUGCCUCAACAUGGUGACCAUGAUGGUGGAAACGGACGAUCAGAGCCAGGAGAAGGAUGAGAUCUUGUUCCUGAUCAACCUGGUGUUCAUCGUUGUCUUCACCGCAGAGUGCAUGUUGAAGAUGAUAGCGCUGAGGCACCAUUACUUCUCGGUGGGAUGGAACAUCUUUGACUUUGUGGUGGUCAUCCUCUCCAUUACUGGGAUCAUGUUGGCUGACCUCAUCGAAAAGUACUUUGUCUCUCCCACUCUGUUCCGUGUCAUCCGAUUGGCCAGGAUCGGCCGCGUCCUCCGCCUCAUCCGCGGCGCCAAAGGCAUCCGCACCCUCCUCUUCGCCCUGAUGAUGUCACUUCCUGCGCUCUUCAACAUCGGCCUGCUCCUCUUCCUGAUCAUGUUCAUCUUCUCCAUCUUCGGCAUGUCCAACUUCGCCUACGUCAAAAAAGAGGCGGGCAUCGACGACAUGUUCAACUUCGAAACGUUUGGCAACAGCAUCAUCUGCCUGUUCAUGAUCACCACCUCCGCAGGCUGGGACGGCCUCCUGUCUCCCAUCAUGAACAGCCAGCCACCCGACUGCGACCCCGACGUGGAGAACCCUGGCACGGACGUGCGGGGAGACUGUGGCAGCCCUGGCGUGGGAAUCAUGUUCUUCUGCAGCUACGUCACCAUGUCCUUUCUGGUAGUGGUGAACAUGUAUAUCGCCAUCAUCCUGGAGAACUUCAACGUGGCCACGGAGGAGAGCGGCGAUCCGCUGUGCGAAGACGACUUUGAGAUGUUCUACGAGACGUGGGAGAAGUUCGACCCGAAGGCCACGCAGUUCAUCAACUACAGCGAGCUGUCGACCUUCUGCGACACGCUGCUGGAUCCGCUCAGGAUCCCCAAACCCAACACCAUUAAGCUGAUCACUAUGAACCUGCCCCUGGUGCCCGGAGACAAGAUCCACUGUCUGGACAUACUGCUGGCCCUGACUGCUGAGGUGCUGGGUGACUCAGGAGAGAUGGACGGCCUGAAAGCCAGCAUGGAGGAGAAGUUCAUGGCCAAUAACCCGUCCAAGGUGUCCUACGAGCCAAUCAGCAGCACCCUGAAGAGGAAGCAGGAAGAGGUGGCAGCGUCGGUCAUCCAGCGGGCCUAUAGGAAGCACCUCUUGGUGCGCACCGUCAAACACGCCUCAUACAAGUUCCGAGUGAAGCAGGAGCUGACCCAGGCGGGCGAGGAACCCCCGGAGACGGAGGGUCUGAUCUUCACCAGGAUCAGCGAGCUGUACGGAAGCCAGGAGGGGAGGCAGGGCCUGGGGGAGCCCUCAGGGAGGAAGCCUGGGGCUGCGGGGGUGAACGUGGCCUCCAGGAAGACAGGGGGCGCUGGUGAGCUCCGUCCCCGUGUGAAGAUGCAGAGCGAGGUGCUGCUCCACUCAGCCCCCAUCGUCAUCCCAGACUCUGUACGCAGUGAGGACCUGAAGGAGUCAAUCGUAUAAGAGCUAACACGCUAACAAAAUACUAACAACAAGCUAACACCCCAGACAGAUGGUCUCCCUUAAGGAAGGAAGCUGUCCAUGGUUUCUGGCAGGACUUCCUGACCAUGUUAAGGUCACUACGGUUUGACCCUGUGUUCAACUCAACAUGACUAAGCCCAUGCCGUCUCUGAGACUCCAGACAGGAAGCUACUAAUGUAGCAGUCAAUCAAAUUGAUGUUUUCGAUGCCCUACAAGGAUUGUCAAUGCCAAGGCCAACCAAAGAGCAUUCUGGGUAAGACCGUAGAGCUCAUAUCUAAUGGUGCUCCAUGGGGCUUGGUGCUCUAGUUGUGGUUGGAGAUUUAGACCUGUGGUUCUGAUAACGUUUACUAUCAGAGGUGACCUUUCUCCCCGCAGUGCUGUUAUGGCGUCUUCCAAAAGGUUUUUUUAAUACAGGUUUUUUUAUCCUUUAGAAGGAGCCAUUUCUGAUUUUUUUCUUGCUGUCAAAAGUAUCAAGUUACAUCAGAUGAACAAAAUUGACAAGUUUGUUUAAACUUGUUGCUUUUCUUAGCAAUGGAGUUCUACAGUAUAUUAAAUAAUUGUUGCAACCAGAGUUUGGUAACGGAUGUUGUCUUCCACAAAUAGAAACUUUUAUAAUUUUUUUAUGAAAACUGAUUUAUUGAAAUGUUUCUUGGUUUCUUAAUUAAUUUUAAUUAAAACUAUUUUUUUUUAAGUAUAACAUUUUAUUUGAAGCUCUUAUAAUUGAUUUACAAGGAAAAUGAUGAUUUCCUAAUUGCAUUUUAACCAGUGAUUUAUUGUUUUGCUAUUUGAUCUCAGUGCCUUAAGAUGAGUCAAAUUCUGUGAAAUCCAGAUUGAUAUUGCACUCCUUAUUACUGUUGUAAUUUUUUUGUAGAAAAAGUCAUAGAUCAAACAUCUACAUUUGGAAUUUGAAUACUUAAGCUAUUUCAGCAAACACCUUUGAGUGCCUUAGUGUGUUCUCUAAGAACACAUAUAAUUGUUUAUAAGACAUCAAAUACCAGUAAAUGAUGUGCUGAUUUCAUGUCAUUUGUAUCUACGUACUAACAGUCAGCAAUGUAAUUUCUUUUUUUCUUUUUUUAUUGGGUAUUGUAGUUUUUUUUUCUUGCUGCAAUUAAAAGGCUUUGAAUGUUCUGUCCUGGGCAGUGUUGUAGUGAAUCUAAGCAGCUUCUGACCUCCACUUCUGUACAAACUACACAAGCCCACCCCUCUCUGUCUCUCCCACCAGUAGAUUAAAUACAUGCUGCAAGUCUUAACUUGAUCCUGUCUUAGUAGCGAUGGUAUUAUUUUGGAUGGAUACCCCACACCUGAGGUCAAGGCCCUUCCUGAGGGCAAGUGAGGUCAUGUUGAUGUGUCACUAUCAUGUCCCUGACACGCUCAUCUACACAUACAACCUCACGUUUGUACCAAACAUUCAUAAAAAUACAACUCAAAGGAAUUCAACAUUUAUGAUGACCUCACCUCCUCAGACACUAGCUCUCUACUGUAAACAUCUGUACAUGUAAACAACUGUUCAAAGUUUUUACUAAAUCAUGUUGCAGUGCCUGUGGACUGUGGACAAAAACUUUGAGCAGUUGCUUAAACACACAGAUGUUUAGAGUAGAGGGCUAGGUGCCUGAGGUAGUGAAGUAUACCAGUAAUACUGUCUCCUGGUAAUACUGUCUCCUAGUAAUACCGUCUCCUGGUAAUACUGUCUCCUGGUAAUACUGUCUCCUGGUAAUACUGUCUCCUAGUAAUACCGUCUCCUGGUAAUACUGUCUCCUGGUAAUACUGUCUCCUAGUAAUACUGUCUCCUGGUAAUACUGUCUCCUAGUAAUACUGUCUCCUAAUAAUACUGUCUCCUAGUAAUACUGUCUCCUAGUAAUACUGUCUCCUAGUAAUACUGUCUCCUGGUAAUACUGUCUCCUAGUAAUACUGUCUCCUAGUAAUACUGUCUCCUGGUAAUACUGUCUCCUAGUAAUACUGUCUCCUAGUAAUACUGUCUCCUGGUAAUACUGUCUCCUGGUAAUACUGUCUCCUGGUGUCACAGCAUGCAGAGCCUCUCAUCAGGUUGAGUUAUGAAGACACCGACGUGAGCUCAACGUAUUGACAUGUUGUUUAUGUAAAGUGUGUGUGUGUGUAGGUGUAGUGGCUUCGGGUUUAAAGAGAGAUGAAACCCACUCUACUCAUGUGAGGCAGUAGGUCCCCUGACCUAGACGCUCAUGUGAGGCAGUAGGCCUCCUGACCCAGACGCUCUUGUGAGGCAGUAGGCCCCCUGACCUAGACGCUCUUGUGAGGCAGUAGGCCCCUGACCCAGACGCUCUUGUGAGGCAGUAGGCCCCCUGACCCAGACGCUCUUGUGAGGCAGUAGGCCCCCUGACCCAGACGCUCUUGUGAGGCAGUAGGCCUCCUGACCCAGACGCUCUUGUGAGGCAGUAGGCCCCCUGACCCAGACGUUAGGAUGCAGACAGGCCGGCUUCUUAGUUUGUUGUGUUUUGAUUGGAGUAAGAUGACUUGCACACACAGAUUCACAUUUUUUAUCAGACCUAAAUUAAUCUUUAAACCAGUGUUUAAUCAUUGCAAGGGCUGUUGAUAUGAAUGGGGGAACUAUGUUUAUUUUUGUACAUCUUCCAGUAUUAGUGCCACAGCGAAGCUGAUGCAUGUUAAAGAAACAGUACACACGUUUAUCAGCACUGUGUACUGUUUGACUCAAAUUUAGCAUUAAAAUGAUUUAUCUUUCAAUUGUAGCAUUUAAGAUGUGCUGUGCCAGUGUUGGGGUUCCUGAAACUGUGUGUGUGUUAGCUGUGCCUGUACAUAUAUAUAUAUUAUCUAUAUCUCCAACGCAUAGUAAUGGUUUUGACCCUUUUUUUAGGUUUAUUUCUUUGUAUCGUAAAUAUUAUAAAGCAUAUUCCUGUAAUAAAAUGUAAAUGCGUAC